UGCCCCUUUCAAUAUGGCCGCCACGUAUGCCCGGGUUCCAACAUGGCGCUAACGUAUCGCGUCUUUUCUCGUAUCUGUGGGUCGCUGGUGCCGUCAGCCACGGCGAGGGCACCCCCGGGGUCCUGAACUUCAAUGUUCCCAAUUGCAGUAGCAGAUUUAGAUCGAGUGGGGCCACUGUGGGGCUGCAGAAGCUGAGUCAUCUUUCACUGGAACCUCUGUAAGCAGAAUGAAGGAAUUUGUUUUGGAGCGCUACUUUUCGGAGGGAGUGAUUGCGAAAGUGAAGCACGUCACAAUAAAGGCCCCAUUCAUGUCGCAAGGGCUCGCAGCGCGUGGCGUCCCAUCACGUCACACGUCUCCUCCUGAAAAGCGGGCGUCCCACGGCCCGCCGAGCUCACAAGCGCUUGCUCAUCUUCAUCAGCUCUUCGUCUUCAGCAGCUGUGCCUUGCUCAUGGGAUUUGGGGAAAGAGAUAACGACAUGGCUCAUCACAAUCAUGAGAUGAGUGUGGUGCUGAGGGUCUCGCACCUUCCUCUGGUGCGCUCGGCGCUGGAGUUGGUGACCUCGAUGUACUCGGAGGCCAAAGGUCGCUACCCUCUGCUGGGCUUGGUGGGAGGCGUGGCCGAGGUGGGCGUCCAAAAUGCCUCCAAGGUGGCCUUGAGCGGAGCCACACCCCUCGUGCAGACCCUCAGGCCUCAGAUCGAGGUGGCGAACAGUUUUGCUCUGGUGGGUCUGGACCAGCUGGAGAGGACCUUUCCCUUCCUUAACCAGUCCACCGACGAGGUGGUGGGUCACCUGAAGGAUGCCUUCUUCCUGACGCUGGAUGACAUGCAGCUGUGGAUGGUGGAUGGAUUGGACGGUGCCUUGGACCAGAUGGAGCGUCUGUCUCACGCCGCCUGGAUGGCGGUGCGGCAGGUGCAGGAGUCGCAGGUGGGACGCGCCGCCUCGUCGGGUCUGGAUGACUUGCUCAGCCGCCUGGAGGACGCCACCGCCUACUACAUGCCGCUGCCUCCCACGCUGCGUCGCGAGUGGGAGAUGCGGGUUCAGGAGUAUGAGGACGAAGAUGACGACGAGGAGCCCAGCGUCUGGACCCGCGUCCGUAGCCUCCUCCUCUCCAUAAGCCUGCAGCUUUACCACCGCAUGGUUAAGGUCCAAGAACAGCUGGAGGACGCCACCGGAGCCCUGGGGGACGCCGUCCAAGCGGUGGGACUGGGGACUGUGCUAGAAGUGCUGGGGGAGUUGCUGCAGUACCUGCAGAGGCUGCUGGUGGCGCUGGUGUACCGCACAGAGAGGCUGAGGGAGCUGAGCCUGGGACGCGUUCGGGAGCAGGCUGUCGUGUUAGCGGAGCUUCGUCCGGUGCGGCAGAUCCGAGAGCUCCCGCUUCAGGUCCGCCACCUCCUGGGGGAUCUUCAGAAGCUCUCCAAGAUUCUCCUCCAGCUCGUCAUCAACACCACGCCACUGUACGACUUGCUCCAGCAGCCGUCCAACAAAGAGGUGGAGGAUUUCCUGAACCAGGAGGACUUCCGUGCGGACAGCUCGUCCCGCCGCAGCUCAGCCAAUAGUCUGUUCCUGAAGGCCAUGGACGGACGUCCUCGCCGGCGCAAGAGUCUCUUCUCUAGGGCCGCCCGCAGUCCAGGCCCGGACGCCGCCGCCGUUGCCCCUGCGACCGCCUCCGGCCAGCGCUCCAGCCUGAAGCAGGACGCGGAGGCGGACGGCUUCCCCAUCCUUUCCGAUAGCGCCGCCCAACGCCGUCCCUCCGCCGCCGAGCUCAUCCUUUCGCCGCUCAAGCAGUUUGUGUCGCAGAGCCAAAAGGCCUUCGAGUACCUCAACCCCAACUCGGUGGAAGAGCCCAUCAACAGCGCCACCGACUGAUGAGCGCCACCCCGUCCACGCCACAGCACGGUGCCGCCGCUCCUCCCACCCCCCCGCUCCGCGCCACUCCCGGUCAGCCACUCUUUGACAGCAGAACGCCAUGGUAUGUGUUGGUCAGCGUACGGCUUCUCCGACAGAAUCAGCGCAAAACUAAUCUAAUCGCAGUACUCACUGACACAAUUCUGCUUCCUUACACUCUCACUUGACCUCCUGUCAGGGUCACGUCACGCCGCCAAGGCGCCAUUAAGGCCUAGUGUACACAUUAGUAUUUUUCAUAUAUGAAAAGAUCGAUCUGUUACCGAGCCCACUCAACAAGCUCAAAACCGGAUCACUUUUAAUAUUUUAGUCAUACUGUGUGUAAGUGUGUAAAUAAUCUCAAAACACAGCACCAAUCUUUAGAGGUUCUCUUCCGCCACAGAUCUCGAAACAAGUCUUUCCUCACAAAAAAAAAAAAAAACAAGAAUUGUCACGAGCAGAUAUGCGCCGAUUGUUACUGUUCCCAGCAUACAUGGAAGAUUUUUUUGGGGGGGUCCUAAAUAUUGAACAUGUGUAAUAUUUAAGAUUCUAAAUCGGGUCUUUUGAGGCCCGGCCAGCUUUUAAGACCUCCCAAUUCCGACUGCUGUGUUGCAAAACAUCAAAUGUAGCUUGCUAACGGCUAACAGGAAGCACUUCGUCUGCUAACACGUUAAUUGUAGCCAUAAGACAGCUGCUCCUGAUUAAUUUUUUUUUUUAAAUUUGGGCGGGGGGCCGCGGUGUGUGUGUCAGUGAUGUACUCCAAUAAAGCUUACCAAACCUUCGUGUGACUGCUUGUCUUUUUGACCUGCUAUUACAUUUCGAAGCAUUUUUCAGCAUGUUGAAGGAGUAUUGGUAAGUUUCGUGUGAAAGGGAGAGGACGAAUGGUUUAUUGGCAGUGGAUUGUGAUUGUGUCCAUUUGUUGAUGUGUCACACACGUACAUGCGCGCUUAAUGCUAGGUCAGAGGUCAUCAGUGCGGCGUGGGGCCACGGCCACCGAAGUCUUGAAGAAAGCCGAAGGCGGAAGAGAAAAAGCUUUGGGACGCUGACGGCUCCAGCGAUGGCGGCUCGGGGCGCCCGGCGCUCACAUCGGCCUGGCGGGCAUCCUGGCGGGUGUCCUCGCGCUCGUCCUCGCUCGAGUCACUGACGAGGUGUGUAUGCACACGCAGAAGCA